AUGUGCAGGAAGGGUGGAAUUUCAGAAUUCUGUGACCUUAAAGGUGAUAUAAGGAUUGAUCCCAAUCCACCAAUUGUAUACUACGUUGUCCCAACUGAAGCGGCCGACAACAAUGUCACCUCGUCGUUGACGAUAAAGCCCUACGCACGAAAUGACAAUGCGGGUGCCAUGGAGUCGGUAAGGGAAUGGACGGUGAAAGUGGUGCCAAAGAACCAUCAAGAUUUGCCACAUUGCUCUCGAGUUCACGAUUCUCCGGGAGUUAUCUUCUCCCUGGCAGGAUUUUGUGGGAAUGUCUUUCACUCUUUCUCGGAUGUUCUCAUCCCACUGUUUGCUACCGCACGCCCCUUUAAUCGCCAAGUGAAGCUUCUGAUAACGGACUAUCGGAAGUGGUUUAUUUACAAGUUCAUACCCAUACUACAAGCACUGUCCAGGUAUGAGAUGGUAGACAUUGAUGAUGUACAAGAAGAUGGAAAGAACAUUCAUUGCUUCUCAAGGCUAACACUAGGCCUAAAAGGGCGGCAGAGUAACGAACUCAGUAUCAACACAUCAGAAUCCGAGUUCACGAUCAUCGACUUCAAGAAGUUCUUGAGAAGUGCUUACUCAUUGAGGAAGACAACCGCCAUCAAACUGCAAGAUGGAGGGAAGAAGAAGUUGGCGCCGGUGCUCUUGAUCGUUACUCGGAGAAGGACUCGGGCGCUGAGCAAUGUCGAGGAGGUCGAGAGGAUGGCUGUGCAGCUAGGGUUCAAGGUGACGAUAGCAGAAAUUGAUGCGAAUGUGUCGAAGUCGGCAGAGGUUAUAAAUUCGUGCGAUGUGGUUCUGGGAGUUCAUGGAGCUGCUCUGACGAACAUGGUGUUUCUCCCCGAGAACGCGGUUCAGAUCCAAGUUGUUCCGUUUGAUACGGAUUGGAUUGCGAAGAAUGCUUACGGGGAUCCGACCAAGGACAUGGGAGUAAGGUACUUGGAGUACAAGAUUGGGAUUGAAGAGAGCAGUUUGUCGAAGAAGUAUCCACCUGAUCAUGCUGUUUUGACCAACCCAAAAUUGUUUGUUAUGAAAGACCACACCACAGAAUUUGCUGAAUGUUAA